GAAAACAAUCUGAAGUUGUCGUAGUUGUAUUUUUAAAGUAAUUAUGCCAUGAUUUUACCCAGACGGCCCCCGUGGGAAUAGAUGGUCUUCCGUGUUUAUUUAUACACAAUAAUGUUGCGAUCCAGUGGAUUAUACUUUGCAUAUUGCCUCACACAGGAGAGAAAGGAAAAGGAGAGUGAGCAGGAACAAAAAAAGGACCGCGUGGAUUUUGGAAUGCCUUUUCCGUCCAAUUUUGUUCUCGCAGAGGUCAGGUAGAGGAAAGAAUACCCGGCACACAGGUGGUCCGAGGUCACGGCGGGAGUAAGGGAAGGGGGUUAGUGUAUGUGUGUUGGCAUGUGGAGGUCGUUCUUCCCUCCCAUCGGGCUUUCAAUUCGGGCCUUUCUUGAGCUGCCAAAGCCAGAAGCAGAGCAGUUGAGUCUCCGAUCGCUUUUACAGAAGCCGUAGUUGAGCGGCGUCCAAAGACCACACGUUGGUAUUGUGUUCCGUAAGCGGCGUCCCAAGGUUACCAGGCGAGCUGCUGUGCGAAGAGCAAAUCAGCUGGCUUAUAUUUAGCCUUGCAAAUGGCGCUCUGUGGAUUAUGUCUUGCGACUCUCCGGUUUCGUCUUCAGCGAGUGUGUUUGCUAGCACGACUGGGGCUCCGGUCCGUGCUAUUCAGGUGAGGCUCCCAGUGUCGUGUUCUUCCGCACCGGCUCGUCUUCCAGGCAUUUUUUCGCUCCCCCCCUUGGCACAGCGAAAGAUAUUUACAGAGGUGAGGAGAGCAGCAAAUCCACUUGUGUGUCAGGACGUGGGGACGACCAGUCCAGUCUCUUUAGGGGCGGGGGAUCAUGGAUGUUCUGGCCUUAGAGGCAAAGAAUGUGAACGGUGCAGAACCAGAGAAGAAGGCUGCGUCCAGGCCCAGACCUAAACCUCCAAAAAAGCCCAAAAGGAUUGUGUACUUUGAGGUAGAGAUUGUGGAUGUUAAGACCAAGGAGAAACUUCUACUCCUGGACAAGGUGGAGCCAACCGCCACGGUUCUGGACAUCAAGGCCCUGUUUCAUAAAUCAUAUCCUAAGUGGCACCCGGCCAGACAAUCCCUGCGCCUGGAUCCAAAGGCUAAAAGUCUCAGGGAUGAAGAAGUUCUCCAAACCCUUCCUGUGGGAACCACAGCUAGCUUUUACUUCAGCGACCUCGGACCUCAACUCACAUGGGGAACCGUGUUCCUGGCAGAGUGUCUCGGCCCACUGCUCAUCUAUUUAAUGUUCUACUUCCGCCUCCCCUUCAUCUACGCUCCAAAAUAUGACUUUACCAGCAGCAAACACUGGGUGGUACAUUCUGCUUGCAUCUGUCACUCCUUCCAUUACAUCAAGAGGGUUCUGGAGACACUGUUUGUCCACCGCAUCUCCCACGGGACCAUGCCUCUGAGGAACAUAUUUAAGAAUUGUGGCUAUUACUGGUGCGUGGCAGCCUGGAUGGCGUACCACAUCAACCACCCUCUCUACACCACGCCUUGUAAGUGCAACUCUCUUCUGUUUACACUCGUAGCUAUUCCUUCAUCCGCCUCUCCUCUUUCUACAGUUUACGGGCAGCAACAGGUCAAUGUAGGACUUUACAUGUUCUGGGUCUGCCAAAUAGGGAAUUUCUCCAUCCAUGUUGCUCUUCGUAACCUGAAACCACCAGGUUCAAAAGUGAAAAAGAUUCCUUACCCGACGAAAAAUCCGUUCACGUGGAUUUUCUGGCUGGUGUCGUGUCCAAACUACACCUAUGAGCUGGGCUCGUGGAUAGGCUUCAGCGUGAUGACGCAAUGUGUCCCCGUGGCUCUCUUCACCGUGGUGGCCUUGGUCCAGAUGAGCGUGUGGGCUCGAGGGAAACACCGCGGCUACUUGAAGGAGUUUAAGGAUUAUCCCACCCUGCGCUCCUCAAUGCUGCCCUUCAUCCUUUAGGGCAGGGACCACCCCUGCUCCUUCCAGUCCAAGCUUGAGGCAGACUUGGGCUGGUUCAAAGUCUUAAUUGACUGUUGUUGACAAGAAGAUGCAUUUAAAAAAAAAAAAGGUAAUUGUCUUCUAUUCAGAUUUUCGCAGCAGACCCAUGUGUGACCGUGGUCAUCAAGUACACGCUAUGAUCAUUUUUGGUGCAUUUUGGGGGUUCAGAACCAAGUUUCCAACUAAACUUUGGGGGGGG